AUGGUGGAGCCUCUAAGAGAAGCUCGAGAUGGUUACCUCAUAUCUCUCAACAUAGGAACACCCUCCCAAGUCAUUCAAGUAUAUUUAGAUACCGGUAGUGAUCUCACAUGGGUUCCAUGCGGGAACUUGUCUUUUGAUUGCAUGGAUUGUGAUGAUUAUAGGAACGACAAACUGAAUGCCGCUUUCUCUCCAUCUUAUUCCUCAUCAACACUUAGAGACACUUGCUCUAGCCGGUUUUGCACAGAUGUUCAUAGCUCAGAUAACCCAUAUGACCCGUGCAUCAUUGCUGGAUGCUCAUUAUCGACUAUCCUCAAGGGCACAUGCGCUUGGCCAUGCCCCUCCUUUGCCUACACUUACGGUGCGGGCGGGAUCGUCGCCGGGAUAUUGACUAGGGAUACUAUCAGGGUUCAUAGUGCUAACCCUAAUGUUGUAAGGGAAAUUCCAAAUUUUGCGUUUGGGUGUGUCGGGUCCACCUACCAUGAGCCGAUGGGGCUUGCGGGGUUUGGGAGGGGAUCUCUUUCUCUUCCUUCUCAAUUAGGGUUCCUCCAAAAGGGCUUUUCCCAUUGCUUCUUGGCGUUCAAGUAUGCAAACAACCCCAACAUCUCAAGCCCUCUAGUCAUAGGAGAUGUGGCCAUAGCCCCAAAGGGAGACUUGCAGUUCACCCCAAUGAUGAAUAGUCCAAUUUACCCCAAUUACUACUACAUCGGUCUCGAGGGCAUCACGGUGGGGAACACAAGCGUGACCACCGCGCCUAAUAAUCUGCGAGAGUUCGACUCUCAAGGGAACGGGGGUCUAUUGAUAGACUCGGGAACCACGUACACCCACUUGCCGGAACCGUUCUAUUCACAGCUUCUCUCCAUCCUAGAGUUAGCAAUAAGUUACCCGAGGGCCAACGAAGUGGAGGCACGAAGCGGAUUCGAUCUUUGCUACAAGGUUCCAUGUCCCAACAACACUAACCCAAUGAAUGAUGACCUCCCUCCAAUCACACUCCAUUUCUUGAACAAUGUGGCCUUGUUGCUUCCUCAUGGGAAUAGCUUCUAUGCAAUGAGAGCUCCAAUCAACUCAAGUGUGGUCAAGUGCUUGUUGUUCCAGAGAAUGGAUGAUGGUGAUGGACCAGCUGGGGUUUUUGGGAGCUUCCAACAACAAAAUGUGGAGGUUGUGUAUGACUUGGAGAAUGGAAGGUUGGGUUUUCAGCCAAUGGAUUGUGCAUUGGCUGCUUCUUCACAAGGACUACUUCACAAAGGCUAA